AUGGAUAAAGAAAUAUCAGAAAACAAGGAUCCUUCGAAGCAAUCCGCCAAGGACCCUGAAAGUAAAGUUGCACACGUUCAGCCUGCUUCCUAUGUUAACAAAAAAAAUUACGUUUUUGGGAAGACAUUAGGUGCUGGUACAUUUGGCGUGGUAAGACAAGCUAGAAAUACUGAAACAGGAGAGGAUGUUGCCGUCAAAAUUCUGAUUAAAAAAGCUCUAAAGGGUAACAAGAUCCAGUUGGAGGCUUUAUACGACGAACUAGAUAUUUUACAGAGAUUACACCAUCCAAACAUAGUGGCCUUUAAGGAUUGGUUCGAAUCAAAGGAUAAGUUCUACAUUAUUACUCAAUUGGCUAAAGGUGGUGAACUCUUUGAUAGAAUAUUGAAAAAGGGUAAAUUCACUGAGGUGGAUGCAGUGAGAAUUUUGGUUGAGAUUCUGAGCGCUGUCAAAUACAUGCACUCCCAAAAUAUUGUUCAUAGAGAUUUGAAACCAGAAAAUCUGCUGUACGUAGAUAAGAGUGACGAAUCCCCAUUGGUAGUCGCCGAUUUCGGUAUCGCCAAGAGAUUGAAAAGCGACGAAGAGCUUAUAUAUAAACCAGCGGGCUCGCUGGGUUACGUUGCUCCGGAAGUGCUUACUCAAGAUGGUCAUGGUAAGCCUUGUGAUAUCUGGUCGAUAGGCGUCAUCACGUAUACUUUGCUUUGUGGUUAUUCCGCAUUUAAAGCUGAGAGGGUCCAGGAUUUCCUAGAUGAAUGCACGACUGGUGAGCAUCCAGUGAGGUUCCACAGGCCUUAUUGGGAUUCAGUUUCUGGUAAAGCCAAACAAUUCAUUUUGAAAGCUCUUAACCUGGAUCCUGCCGAAAGACCAACUGCCGCACAACUUUUGGACGAUCCAUGGAUUAUUUGUACCGAAUUGAAAACGCAUAAUUUAUUGCCUGGAUUGAAGGAGGGAUUAGAUGCUCGUCAAAGAUUCCGUAAUUCGGUCGAAAGGGUGAGAUUGAACAUGAAGCUUCAGAAAUUAAGAGAUUUGUAUCUUGAACAAACAGAGAGUGAUUCAGAUUUUGACGAAGGUACGCCAUCGAAUGGUUCCACUCCUCCAUUGAAAUCAAUGGAUACGGAUCAAUCAUCAAAGAAGCUAUCAGAGGAAAAACAAUCUAAACUUAAGUCUGAGUUAACCAGCAAGGCUUUUGCGCAGUUAGUCAAUACAGUAAUUGCAGAAAAGGAGAAAUUUUUGAAUAUCAACAGAAUUUGUAGUUCCGACAGCGAUAUCGCUGGGAAUAAUAAAACCACUCCAGAUGAAUUGGACGCAGCACAAAAUGGAAAGGAUGCGAAAACGGAAAACUGA